CUAACAAUACCUCGCCAACCAGGUAAAACAUCAUCUAAGAUACUGGUAAAUAAAGGAAUUAUGGGACAUUAGCAACAUGAAGUUUUAAAAGGUGUAAAAAGCUUUGAAGGGGGUUAAAUGUUCAUCGUAAACUGUGACAUUGCCAAAUGUGGAAACUAAAAGGAAUGUAGCUUUGACAUCCUGGAAAGUCCUGUGAUUCGACGAAACAUUAUUUAAGGAUAACUGAGGAAAAAAAGAUAUUAUGGCUGGCGCCUCGAACAUGGAGUGGUGUAAACCAUGUGGAAGAGAGGGAGAAGAACAAAGAGCUCAUUCAUGGUGUAGUGGCUGUUCAGAACCAUUGUGUGAGGAAUGUCUAAAUUUCCAUCGGAAAGGAAAAACAACAGAAAACCACAAAACAACUUCAAUCCUCAAAAUAACUGGAAAAAAAGAUAGUAUGGCUGGCGCCUCAAACAUGAAGUGGUGUAAAGCAUGUGGUAGAGACGGAGAAGAUCAAAGAGCUCAUUCAUGGUGUAGUGACUGUUCAGAACCAUUGUGUAAGGAAUGUCUAAAAUUCCAUCGGAAAGGAAAAACAACAGAAAACCACAAAACAAUCCAAAUCCUCAAAAGUUUUGGUUCAUCGCGAUCGGUUAUCGAGAUUCCAAAAACAUGUCAUAUCCACGAUUAUAAGAAAUUUUCUAUCUAUUGUAUACAUCACGAUCAAAUCGGUUGCGCCUCUUGUUUACGGGAUCUGCACAUCGAAUGUGAAGAAGUAAUUUCAAUAGAGAAAGCUUCACGAAGCUUGAAGAGAACCGCGAUUGAAGAUUUACAACGGCGAAUUUCAGAUUGUUCGCUUAUAAUAAGAAAAAUAAUCGAAUUGUAUCAGAAAAAUUUGAGUUCAAUAUCUGAACAGAAAAACGAAUAUAGAGAAAAAGUAAGUAAAGUUCGAAAGGAUCUUAACACGUGUUUGGAUGAGCUAGAACAAAAUGUCGAUAGAAAAUUAGAUGAUUGUGAUACAAUAUGCAAGGACGAAAUUGAAAAAAGUAUUAAAGAUUUGACCACUAGAAAAAGUAAGUCAGAGUACUGGCACACUGCUAUUGAAACGUUAACAGAAGAUGAUGAUGAUGGUUCCCAAUCCAGAAUCUUUGCAGCAAUCAAGACGAUAGACCAUUUACAAGUCGAAGAAGAAUCAUUCUUGUCAAAGUUUCAAGAAGAUUUGGUGGCAUAUGAACUGUUCUCGUCUCCAUUUGACUUUUUAACAAUUAAAUCAAUGCUAGCCACAAUAGCUGAUAUAAAAAUAGAGAAAAUGAAAACUACAGUUCAACAAUCAUCGAAUACCCAACAGAUUGACACCUAUAUCCAACAAGGAAAAAUCCAACUUCUUCACAAAAUUAGCAGUUCUAAAUUGGAAAUGACAGCAUUUGGCAAAGCCUGUCUUACUAUGGACAAUCGUAUAGUUUUUGUCGGAUACCCACUUCGUGUUUAUGACAUUAGUAGCUCCAGUGUUCACACAAUACAAGUAGAAUCUAUAUGGUCAUCAGACAUAACUUGUGAUUUGAAAAACAAUGUUUAUGUGUCUUUUCCUGGUGACGGUAUUUACAAUAUUGACAUUAAGAACUUGAACGAAGGCCAUCGUAUCAACACAAAACAGGGUAUAUAUCAACGGGUCAAACAGAAGAAUGGCUUACUUUAUUCAACCUGGGAUGACGAGAUCGUACUUUUCAAUCAACAAAAAACUAUAGUAAAGAAGAUCGUACUUUUCAAUCAACAGAAAACUAUAGUAAAGACCUUGGAAUGUAUAUUCAAGCCAGUAUUUAUGUGCGUCGAAAACUGCGAUGGAAUAUACAUUUCUGACGGUAAAUCAAUCAUACGUAUGACUGAAACUGGUUCACAUAAUAUUGUUCCUACCAUAAUGGAGAUGGGUGAAGUCAUUACAGGACUAGACGUAGAUGGGCAAGGGCAGUUAUAUGCAUGUAUUUAUACCGAUGUAGUAGGAACAGUUGUGCGAAUAAACACGACUACAGGAUACAGGGAACCAGUAUUAGAAAAUCUCGUAACUCCGUGUUAUAUCUCUUUUCAUCCGACUAAGAAUAUGUUUCUUGUUAUCACUGAUCGCGGAAAGGAAUGUUCAGUUUAUUUUGUCACAAAUUAACAUGAACUUUUUAAAUACAGUCGACUCUCGUUAUUUCAAAGUCAGCCAGACCAGAGAAAUAUUUCGACAUACCCAUAGUUCGACUCAAACGGAAACAAGAAUUUUGACAUACUAAGGGACACAACACUUGCUUAGCCAGAUCGAUGUAUUUGUAUGUUAUGGCCUUUAUAUUUUAUGUCUCUUAUCUAUUUUUUUGUACUUGAUAAAGUUGAAUUAAGUUUUAAUCUUUAAAUUAUAAUUGACAUGCUUGUUAAAUACACAUAAAAUUUAUCUUGAAUCACAAAUUAUAUUGUCUUCAUCGUUCAAAUAAGUUCAUUGUUUGAAUUUUAUUUCCUUAAUGUUCAGUGGCAAAUAUUUCAUUCAUAUCCAGACCAGGACAAAUCAACAACAACUUCAAGAAAGUUCUGAAAUAUAAAUGAUCUGGGAGGAAGGGCGGGACAUUGCACUGCCACUAGUAAAAAUGGACAAUUUAAUGUCACAUACUUCUAACAAAUUGCCCCUCUUUAAAAUGUUUUACUAACACCAAUUUCGUCUAAUUAUCUCGUUUUUGACAUGUACUAUUCGAUCAUGAUGGUUGUUGUAUUAAGAAAAAGUCUUUUAAAAAGCAUCUGUAAAGGAAUUAAAGGUAUAAAAAUAAA